AUGGAAAGUCUUCGAGGGAAUACUGCCCAGCAUCCUAUGGAUGAAGAAGCCUGUAAAAGUGAGGGCCAAUUAUCAAGGCAGACAAAAUGUCCUGUAGAGAAGAAAUUUCCUUUUGAGAAAAGGGCAAUCAGAAAAGUGUCAGUGUCUCUCAAGGAGAUUUUUGCUAAGGAGAGAGGCCCUGAAUCCAGUAAAUUUAAUCUAAGCUCAAAAUUUAAUACACGGCAGAGAAUUCCAAAGGGAGCUAGGUCCCCCAAAUCUAGGAAAAACUCCAAAGAUAAUUCAGACUUAAUUAAACACCAAAAACUCUUUCUGCAAAGGAAGCCUUGUAAAUGCAAUGAAUGUGGUAAAGCCUUUAGCUAUGAAUCAGACCUCAUUGUCCACAGGAGAAUUCAUGGCAGAGAAAAGCCUUUUGAAUGCAAUGAAUGUGGGAAAACUUUUAGCCGAAGUACACACCUUAUUGAACAUCAAAGAACUCACACUGGAGAGAAACCUUACGAAUGCCCUGAAUGUGGAAAAGCUUUUAGCCGGAGUACACACCUUAGUCUACAUCAGAGGAUCCAUACUGGAGAAAAACCAUAUGAAUGUAGUGAAUGUGGAAAAGCCUUUAGCCGAAGCACUAACCUUAGUCAACAUCAGCGAACUCAUACUCAAGAAAAACCUUACAAGUGUAAUGAAUGUGGGAAAGCCUUCAGUGACCGUUCAACUAUAAUUCAGCAUCAACGAAUACACACUGGAGAGAAUCCCUAUGAAUGCAGUGAAUGCGGAAAAGCUUACAGUUGGAUCUCAUCUCUUAUUGAACAUCAGAGAACACACACUGGAGAGAACCCCUAUGAAUGCAAUGACUGUGGAAAAGUAUUCAGUCGAAGCUCAUCCCUUGCUGAACAUCAGAGAAUCCACACUGGAGAAAAGCCUCAUGAGUGUAGAAUGUGUGGCAAGGGCUUUAGUCGGAACUCCACCCUUAUUAUUCACCAGAGAACUCAUACCGGAGAGAAGCCUUUUAAGUGUAAUAGCUGUGAGAAAGCCUUCAGUCAGAGUUCAACUCUUAUUAGACAUCAGCAACUUCACACUAAAAAGUAA